GGAAGCCAGUUGCAGUGUAUUUGUUGAGCAGCAGAGGAAGUGGAAAGAGCAGCUGUGUUAGCAAAAGGGUACUAGGACAGAGGGAGCUUGAUAAAGGCAUGAGUAAGGUGUGAUGGAAGGAAAAGAGCCAGGACAGAGGGGAAAGAAAGCAGGAUCCUCAAGGAUCGGAGAGGCAAUGGGUCCCACAGUCAGGUGCAGGGGAUUCAACAGAAACAGAAGGAGGGACAUUUCUCACUCUGACCCUGGAAAGAAGGAAGAAACUGUGUGUGAGUUCAGACAAGUCUGUUGAGGGGGGCUGGGAUGCCUGCAUCUUCCCUGUUAAAAAAGGAAGUGCAGGUUCAAAACACUCAGAGACAGAAGGUGGGUAGGCAAAUCUCCACCUUCAGACUGGUAGGCUCCUCCAGAAGCCAUCAGACAGAAAGAUGUGAAAAUCCACAGUGCUCAUCCCAGAUUCACUAGGUGGCACCUGUCCUGGGUCAAAGUCCCAGGACAGACCUUAUUGUUCCUCUGUGGGAACACCUCCCCAGGAGGGCCUCCUGGAUUUCUCCCCUCUCAACCCAGAAGUUUCAUCGUCCGGGAUGCUUCAUUUUUUUCCUGUGUAACAGCUCUGACUACCACCCAACCUUGAGGCAUAUUGAAGACUUCAGUGGCCACUCCAAUAACAGCAGGCUGUAGCUGCUGUCCUGGAGGUGUUCUACAGGUGAAAAGCCCAGCAUCCUGGUCAGGAUUUAAGUUUUCCUCAAAAAUGGAGCAUAUUAACUGGGAUGACUACAGCCUUGAAGAUCUCUUUGAAGGUGAAGAUCUUAGUAAUUACACUUACAGCUCUGACCUGCCCCCUCUUCUAACAGAUGCUGCCCCAUGUGAGCCAGAAUCCCUGGAAAUCAAUAAGUAUUUUGUGGUCAUUAUCUAUGCCCUAGUGUUCCUGCUGAGCCUGCUGGGAAACUCCCUCGUGAUGCUGGUCAUCUUAUACAGCAGGGUCGGCCGCUCUGUCACCGAUGUCUACCUGCUGAACCUGGCCUUGGCCGACCUGCUCUUUGCCCUGACCUUGCCCAUCUGGGCUGCCUCCAAGGUGAAUGGCUGGAUUUUUGGCACACCCCUGUGCAAAGUGGUCUCACUCCUGAAGGAAGUCAACUUCUACAGUGGCAUCCUGCUACUGGCCUGCAUCAGCAUGGACCGUUACCUGGCCAUUGUCCAUGCCACACGCACACUGACCCAGAAGCGCUACUUGGUCAAGUUUAUAUGUCUCAGCAUCUGGGGUCUGUCCUUGAUCCUGUCGCUGCCUGUCUUGCUUUUCCGAAGGACCAUCUACCCGCCCUCUUUUAGCCCUGUCUGCUAUGAGGACAUGGGUAACAACACAGCAACAUGGCGGAUGGUGCUGCGGAUCCUGCCCCAGACCUUUGGCUUCAUUUUGCCACUGCUGGUCAUGCUGUUCUGCUACGGAUUCACCCUGCGCACACUGUUUAAGGCCCACAUGGGGCAGAAGCAGCGGGCCAUGCGUGUCAUCUUUGCUGUGGUCCUCAUCUUCCUGCUCUGCUGGCUGCCCUACCACCUGGUCCUGCUCACAGACACCCUCAUGAGGACCCAGAUGAUCAAGGAGACCUGUCAGCGCCGCAACGACAUCGACCGGGCCCUGGAUGCCACCGAGAUUCUGGGAUUCUUCCACAGCUGCCUCAACCCCCUCAUCUACGCCUUCAUUGGCCAGAAGUUUCGCCAUGGACUCCUCCGGAUCCUAGCCACGCAUGGCCUGAUCAGCAAGGACUCCCUGCCCAAGGACAGCCGGCCUUCCUUCGUUGGCUCAUCUUCAGGGCACACUUCCACUACUCUCUAAGGCCUCCUGCCUACGUGCUGCCCUGUGGGUCCUCCCUUCCCUUCAGAGUCACUUUCCAAGCCUCAUGUCCACUGGUUCUUCUGGUUUCAGUGUCAGUGCAGCCCCCACUGUGGUCAGAGGAAGCAGAGGAGGCCACAUUCUUACUACGUUCCCUUGCAUGGUUUAGAAAGCCUGCCCUGGCACCCUACCCCUCACCAUAAUUUCUAUAUCACCUGCUGGAGCUCUGUCCAUCCUGCCCCUGAGCCCAUGGCACUCUGUGUUAUAAGAAGUGAAAAUCUACAUUCCGGUGAGACAGCUCUGCAUGCUCAUUAGGAUGGCUAGUAUCAAAAGAAAGAAAAUCAGGCUGGGUGCUGUGACUCAGGCCUGUAGUCCCAGCACUUUGGGAGGCUAAGGUGGGCAGAUCACUUGAUAUGAGGGGUUUGAGACCAGCCUGGCCAAUAUGGUGAAACCCUGUCUCGACUAAAAACACACACAAAAACAAUUAGCCAGGUGUAGUGGUAGUUACCUGUAAUCACAGCUACUCCAGGGGCUGAGGCAGGAGAAUCACUUGAACCCAGGAGGCGGAGAUUGCAGUGAGCCAAGAUCACGCCCCUGCACUCCAGCCUGAGCGACAGAGCAAGACUCUAUCUCAGUCCAUCAAGGUGUAGGGGAGAAACUAGAACUCUUAAGCGUUGGUGAUGGGAAUGUAAAAUGGUGCAGCCACCGUGGAAGACAGCGUGGCAGCUUUCCUCAAAAAAGCGGACGUAGAAUUACCACAUGAUCCUGCAAUUUCACUUCUAGGAAUUGACCCAUACCAAGUGAAAGUAGGGACUUGAACCAGUAUUUGUGCACUAAUAUUCAUAGCAGCAUUAUUCACAGGAGACAAAAAUGGAAACAACCCAAAUGAUCAUCAAUGAAUGAAUGAAUGACUAAACGAAAUGUGGUAUGUAAGUGACGAAGUAUCCUUCAGCCUGAGAAAGGAAUGAAGUACUGAUACAUGUUACAACAUGCACGAGGCUUGAAAACUUUAUGCUAAGUGAAAUAAGCCAGACGUAAACAGAUAAAUAUUUUGAUUCCACUUACAUGAGGUACUGAGAGUGAACAAACUCACAGAGACAGAAAGAGAACAGUAGUUACCAGGACUGAGAGGAGUGAGCAUGAGGAGUGAUGGCCUGAUGGGUACAAGGUUUAUGUUCGGGAUCUUGAAAAGUUCUGAAGAUACAAAGUAGUAAUUGUACAACAAUGUGAAAGUGAUUAAUGCCGUGAAAUUGACACUUCAAAAUGGUUUAAAUGGUAAAUUGUGUUAUGGAUACUUUAUAUCAAUUUAAAAAAAAAAAACUGAACCCCAAAAGGUACUUUAAUCAUCAAGGCUGAUUAAACCAAGGCUGGAACCACCUGCCUAUAUUUUUUGUUAAAUGAUUUCAUUAAAUAACUUUUUUUGAUAAACCAUUUUUACUUGGGUGUUU